AUGCAUCUCCCGAUCCAGCUCAUCUUCACCGCGCUCCUGGCCCUCGUCGCGACCCUCAAAGCUCCCAGCCCUCUCGACGGACCAGGAGUCGUCGCGCUCAUUGACGGGGUUGUCACCAGCCUCGUUGAUAUUCACGAACACGCCGACCAUUUUGUCCGAAGGAUGGUCGGCACCACCGCGCCGCGCCGCUUUCAGCUGCUCGACGCCGCUCCCCAGACAUCUCUGGCAGAGUGCGCCAGGCCCUUGGUUGUUGAGGAUGACGUCGUCUCCACCAACAUGUCGAUCAUCGUCGACCACGGAGUCUGCCCUGCCGUGUGGAACACCGUCGUCACCUUCGACAUUGUCGUCCCUGCCGCCUCGGUGUCGUCGGGCGCUGUGGUUGAGGUCAAGGCACUGUCAGUCCGUGGGCCGACAUCCAUCUCCGCGUUGACGUGCUCUCCGAUGGAUGCCCCCGUGACGCAUGCCUACAGGGAGUCCAUGUACAUCACCAAUCUUGCAUGGUUCACAGCCCUGGUCACUGUCUAUGUCGUUGCGGUUACUCUUCUCGUGAAGCAUCGGGUUACAUCAAUGCACCGGACGCGCUUGAAUGUCGAAGCAGGGCCUAGUGCCCCUCCAUUCAAGCCUGCUAGUCCUGGCUCACCCGAGGCAUCACCACCGUAUUCGACAAGCCUGCAGCCAUUGGAUUUCCUGUCCUAUGUACACGACAAUAUUCGCCAUACACUCGAUCACGUCCUCUCGCCCGUUCCAGUCUCAUAUGACGACGAUCAAGUGGGAUGUUCUGUCACCUUCGAAGAGAUCGUGGCCGAGGUGUCACAUAUUGCGUCGGUCACAGAUCGCGCUGAUGCGUGUGGAGAGGGUCUGCGACCCUCAUCCCGUCAGUGCCUGUCGGUCUCACCGAAGACGGACACGACAUACCCACCAAUUGAUCAAGGCGAGGCAGUGUCAACGAUGAUCAGUACCUUCAUCGCGACAUUGCCAUCGCCUUUCCUCGCCGGAUCGUCUGCACCAGUACCAACCAUAGUGGUGCUCGAUGCUCCUCUCGCUUCAGUCGUACGCUCGCCCGAGACGGAGCCCAACGACGAGGCCAAGCUCGAGACACUGGACACAUCCUUGGUCAUGACACACGGUAACAUAUGGGGCGAUAAGGGUCUGCGACUCUGGCUCCCUCCCGCGCACACCCUCGAGACACUUCCAUCUGCCCCGCCCGCCAUCACCAGUUCGGACGUUGGAGCCUCCGCCCACGCAGAUGAGGUGCCUGCCUCUCCGAUGAUCUCCACGCCUGUCAUCUCUGGUGUUGGUGCAUCAGCCAACGUCGACAAUCUGGUGGUCCUGCCCACACCCGAGGAUGCAGCGAGGCAGCUCGCCUGGUUCGCGCUGUGCUUCUUGCUCGCUCGAAUGCAACUCAUGCGCUUGUGUCUUCUCGCUACUCACGGCUCCGCACCGCACUUGGAGCACAGCACUGACGGGACGCAGUUCAUGCUCUUCUUUGUAGAUGGCCAGCUGUACGCCGGAUUCAUUCCAGACCAUGCUCGCUGGCCAGAUGGCUCUGUGAUGUUCCCGCACGCGAACGACGACGACGUCGUCUCGAGAGAAGCUGCACGGGAUAGUCUCUUCGAGACGAUUGGCCAUGGAACAGCGCGUCGGAUAGCAGAACCACCUCCCAACGAUCAACACCCAGAAGAACCACCUGCGAACGAUGAACAUCAAUAUGAACCGAGGAGACUUCGUCGCCGUCGCCGUCGACACGGUUCGGUGGAUGACGCGGACCUGCCUGGAGCAGUGUCGGUGCAAUUCGACGACGAGAUCACCUCUCGCCCUCCCAAUGCUCUCACCAGCCAUCAAGAACCAUCUCAAACAUCUUCUCCGCUCCCUUCCUCUGCCUCUGCCUCUUCCUCAUCUCCUUCGACCUCAAGACGGCGACCUGUGAUCGCUCUUCGAGUUUUCUCUGCCAUUCGUGACAUUCUCAAUCCCGCGGUCCGCCCCAGGCCAGGACAAGUGAAGAACAAGAGCCCCUCUAUGUGCACACCUACUCCUCCUCCCCCUCCUCGUCCGACCGGCAUCACGAACAUCAUUGUCCACAACGCAAGCCCUAACAUCGGCGACCUACCGCUUAUCCCCUCUACAUCCUCGUCCCUGCCUAUUACCCUCUCACCUCGACGUCCACGUCAAGUCGCAAUGUCUGUAGAUCAUUCGCUUGGCAACAUUCCCGUCCGCAUCGUGUCUGGCAAGCGGGGCAAGAAACGCCUCGUCUCAGCUUCCUUCUGUUUUGACGAUGCACUGAACGCGAUGGAAACUGGACAAGACCUAUUCCCUAGCCUAGUCACUGCGUGUGCCGUACCUCCUGCUACCUCUACGCCCUUCCUUGUUGCGGCGCUAAUCCCUCUGCCCCCAUCUCCGCCUCUUUCAUGA